AUGGCAGGGGAGUACUCAGAUGCAUCUAGCUCAUAUUGGGCUCCAGGGUGGAACUUUGAACGAUGGGUGCGCGCGGAUGAAGAAGAUCUGGCCACAUUGCCCGAGGACGAGCUCGUCAAGAUCCAGGACGGACUACGCGACAUACUGGGAGACGCUGGUAUGAGUAAGCUGUCGCGAUACAUGUUCGAUUUGGAGCAGCAGCAGGAGGAGCAGCAACAAGAAGACAAUAAGAAGCGCACACUUGAGGGGGACUUCAAGGGACCGCCAACCUCUUCCAGCGCCGAAAACAAUCAAACGCCCGCCUUCUUGCCACCCAAUUGGCUCAGAAUCUGGAGAAAGCACUUCAAUGGGCAGCAGUGGGGCUUUGUUGUUUUCCGCGCUGCCUGCUAUGGUGGCAGCGAUGACGACGAGCAGCGUUGGGCUAGAUUCAAGGAGCAGGUUCAGCGAAUUGUUGAGCUUCCCUUUGAGCGCGCCAUUUCACAGGCGAAGGAGGAGGGCGCCAUCAUCCCUGAUGAUUUCGACAAAGCCAGAGCCAAGUUUACCAUUCAGUGGGAGGAGUUUCCUGCAGGGCAAGAGUCGACUUCCGCCAUUCCCAGCUCAGAAUUGUUCCGUUCCGAGUACGCUGCUCUGAAGCCCAUUCUGAACUCUGGCUUAUCAUGGGAUGUUUUCCUCUGCGCCUCUACGGAAGCAGUAGAGUCAUUCGAAAAGGAGGUGUCAAAUACCGAUGAGAUGAGCAGUCUCUGGAGGCCCCGGGCACCAUUCUUACUGGCCGUUGCGGCGGACAAGGAUGCUGGGCUAGAGCCUGAUCAUGAAGAAAGGAUAUGGCUCAAGCCGGUCUUCAAGGUUGCUGCCGAAGCACUCGUGGAGUCACUCAUUGACGUUGUCGACAUGGGCACACCGCUACAACGCGUCACGCGCAACGUCAGAGGAGCAAACGAGCUCGAUGAAGCGACCGAGCAUCAAGACCAAGAGGAGCCGAACCAAGAGGCGGAAAGGCUCGACGAGAUUUGGUGGUCGAUGCACCCAUCGCCCGAGCGGCUGAGAAAGAAGCGCAGAAAGACACAAUCCUGA